AUGCGAUGGUGGCUGACGUACUCUACAUACACUAUCAGUGCUGGGCUCGGUGGACUCUGCAUAGCACUUUCCUUGGAAGGCAUGCCCAAAGACCCUGUAAAACUGUGGAAGACAGGGUUUGCGACAGUCAACGGCAACAAUCUCCUGGACUUCAGCACAUCACUGAUUCCGGGCGUGCUUUUGGCGAAUACACCUCAACUAGUCCUCUCAUACUUGUAUAUCGCGCUAAAUGCUCUCUACACAAACAUGUUCGUCGCAGCGGAGUGGGCAAGCUACGUCAAAACACAGAAAUCACUCCGCGUUACAUCGCCCACUGGCUUCCAACGCGACUCGUACUGGCUCAACGUACCCUUUCGCUACGCUAUUCCCAUGACCAUCAUGUCAGGUCUCUUCCACUGGCUCGCAUCACAAAGCAUAUUCAAAGUACAAAUCUCCAUCACAGACAUGCACACGCGCAAAGCCGCUAGCGAAGUCUCAACAUGUGGCUAUUCCCCCGUCGCGAUCAUCCUGACUACGGUCGUUGGUUUCACGAUCGCAGCUGGCGGUCUCGUCAUCAGCAGGUUCUGGUAUCCAGCUGGUAUACCCCUAGCUAGUAGCUGUUCUGCUGCUAUUAGCGCGGCGUGUCAUGCGCCACUGGAAGAUGUCAACGCCAGUCUUUUACCGGUACAGUGGGGUGCUGUUACACAUGGGAAAGCGGGCGAGGAUGGGGAGGAGCCGAUCGGCCAUUGCUGUUUUACGAGCUUCCCGGUUGAGAUGCCUAUCCCGGGGCGGUUGUACGCAUGA